AUGAAUAAUAACACAAGUCCUAAUAAAGACCUAUAGAAGAAUUUAUAACGCCUUAAUGAACUGGAAUAGUAACUAAAGCUUAAGCAGUUUGAAAUAAGAGGGUAAGUUAAAGUUUUCGAGGAACAAAAAUUGGAUAAAGAUUAGGAAAGAAAAUAAAUGUUAGUUAACAAAAGUAUCGAUAUAGAAUAAGACUUGCAAGUGUUGCCCUAGUAGUACAACAUCUAGGAUAGCAUUGAUAGCAAAGACAAUAAGAGAUGCAAUAUGAUAAAUAUGAAUGUGAAUAACAACUUAAUACUUCUACCACCAAGCAAUCAAAGGCAAGAGUUUAAUUUUACAUCCAGAAUCAACUCUGGAGUAUCGAUUAAAUCUGAUCAGUUUAAGAAUUAUUUCUUAAAUCAAAUGAAACUUCACAAACAUCUUCAGCAAACUGGAGAUGAAGAUCCUGUUAGUCUAGAUGAAUCUCUUAUUUCUCUCAAAUAAGAAAGACCAAUCGAUAAGUAGAUAUCAGUCAUUGACCCCUAGAUAUAGCAGCAGUCAUUUGCCCCCAAUCCAAAUAACGUCAUUUUACUUUUAGACUUAAAGGACGUAAACAAUAUUCUUACAGAAGAAAAUCUAAAAGUUUAUGAAAGUCUUAUACCUGAUCAGUCUUCCAAGAAAAAGAAAGAUGAUGAUGAAGGUAGUCUUAAGGAUUCAGUGAACAUCAGCCUUCAAAUAAAAGAGUAAGAAGAAAGCUUGCAGUAAAAGAAGAAGGUGCUUAAUAAGUCAAAGGAACAAGUAAAGGAACAAGAUAAAUCAAAGCAGAGCACAAGCUAGGUAAAUUAAUCAAAAGUUUAAAUCGAAGAUCCCUUUUCAUUUAAAAAUCUAGCUGCUAAAUCUUCAGAAGCAUUGAAGAAGCAAGUAGUUACAAGGGUACUUGAAAAAUCAAUGACAAAAAAACGGAAGUAAACUGAAAACAGACCAUUUUCUGCAGUGGUAAAGGAUCUGGGGUAUAUCAUUAACUUUUUAAGCGAGAUUUUCCUAAAUGAUUAUAAAUCAGGGACAAAAUCUUUUAUAGAUGAAAGCGAACAAAGAAAUCAGAAGAAUUUCCUACAGAUUGCAAAUAGAAUAGCUAAAUUUGAGGAGCUGUACGAUAUUGCAUUUGACAAGUUCUAAGAAAAGCCAUUGCUCAUUAUGUUCAUCCAGUCCUUUAAGGUGGAAGAAGUGCAUCAAAUGUUCAUGAAAUUUUAUCAACAGUUUGAUGUUGACGAGUCUUUGACUUUCGAAAUAGAAGAGAUCAGUGAGUUGUUAGAACUUUACGCUGAGAAGAUGGGAAAGGAAAAAAUGAAAGCAAUACUUUAAAACACCGGAGUCAAGUUCGAUUCAGGCAUAAAAGCAAUAUUUAAAGAAGGAGGCUACUCUAAUCAAGCUUUUACUCCAGAGAUUUAUGAUCAGUUUUUUGAAAUUUUGGCUUCUGAUGGAGAGGAUUUUGUUCAUUUCAAUAAUUUGCUCCCAUAUCUUAUGAUAUUUUUCUUGUCCUCCUAGUUUCAAGCAAUCAAGGACAGGAAAAAAAUGUUUGAAUAAGUUCUUGGAGAAGGCCAAUAUAAAACAGGGAUUUACAGAUCUUUUAUGAAAUAUGGACUGUAGCAUAAUGAAUUAGAUAAGCCUCUAAUUACUUACAGACUUGUAGAAAAAGUAGUAGUAGAGAUGAGGACUAUUUACCAAUCAAGUUUUGGAUUCGACUAAAUUGAACUGAUCUUGAGAUAAGUUCGAAUAAAAAUGGAAGUAGAUCCAAUUUCAAAGAUAGAAAGAGCUAAAAUGUGUUACAGAGAUAAGUUUAGUGGCUAAAGCUUUUCUAGAUGGCUUGCUCUACUUAUCUCGCUCUAAAUGACUUGGACCAGACUAAAGAAAAAGUUAAAGGGAGAAAAAGACCCAUUCAUUUAUCUCUAUGAGGAAAAACUUUGGUUUAUAGCUGCAAAUGUUGAUACAUUUUGCUAAGAUUCUUUAAAUAGACUUGUUAAAGACAAAUAUAUGGAGAAAAUGCUAGACUACAAGGAAGAGAGAUCAUUUAGAAGGGAAAAUGAAAGCAGUUUCCUUCAAACUGAGAUUGAUGAAAGUUGCCAGACCAUAAACACAGAGCAAUUAUUCAAGUAGAUUAAUUUAAAAGUAAGAUAAAAUGUUUGA